UCGGCACCAGUGCGCAUGCUCCCUCGCCUGCCAACCACCCAGCGACCCUCUUCUGCGCCUGCGCGAGCACGAUUCCACGCUGACCCUCCCCCCGUAACUCCCAUCCUGGUCGUGGAGUCCGCGAGCCACGAAAGGGCGGGAAGGGCGGUUGGCGAGGGAGGGGCGAGCGGUUACUCACUCCAUGGCUCCGGCUAGAAGAGUCGGCGGCGGCGGCCUCGGUUGAAGAGGAAAGGCGGGGAGCGGAGAGCGCAGGCGCGUUUGCAGAUCCUGCCAGAACUGCUGGAGCCGGAGCAGCUGUAGCCACCAGAACGGAAACCAUGAGCGGGUUUAAUUUUGGAGGCACCGGGGCCAGCACAGGCGGGUUCAUGUUCGGCACUGCCAAGGCAGCGACCACCACCACCACCACGCCCUCCACGGGCUUUUCUUUCUCUGCAUCCGGCACUGGAGGCUUUAACUUCGGGACUUCCUCCCAGCCAGCUGCCAGCACCCCCUCCACCGGGCUGUUUUCUCUGACGACGCAGACUCCGGGAUUCAGUUUUGGCACGAGCAUGCCUGCUGCCAGCAGCUCUGGCUUUUCCUUAGGUCUCAGCACCCCAAAGCUGAGCCUGGGCAGCACGGCCGCCACCCCAGCCACAGCAAACCCCAGUGGCUUCGGCCUGGGCAGUAGCACCCUCACCAAUGCCAUCUCAAGCACCGCCACCUCCAGCCAGGGCACAGCACCCACUAGUUUUGUGUUCGGCUCCAGCACAGCCUCGACCUCCGCGACUCCAGCCACCACCUCUGGAGGCUUCUCGUUCACGGGCGGAGGCACGUCCCAGACGGCGGCCUCUGGCUUUAACAUUGGCUCUGUGGGGAAUUCAGCCACCCAACCUGCCACCCUUACCAGCUUACCCUUCACCUCGGCCACACUGGCAGCCACUGCGGCGGGAACCUCUCAGCCAGCUGCACCCACACCUGCUGCCACCACCUCCAUUGCCGGGCCCUCCCUCUUUUCCUCAAUAGCAGCAGCUCCCACCUCGUCCACCACUGCCGGGCUCUCCCUCGGCACCCCAGCGACCUCCUCUGGGGCUCUGGGCACUGGAACGUUGAACUUCAGCGUGAAGCCCCCUGGAACAGCUGCUGGUACCUCCUCAGCAACUUCCACCACCGCCACCAGCACCAGCAGCACCACCAACACCGGCUUUGCCUUGAAUCUGAAGCCUCUGGCGCCCAUCGGCAUCACCAGCAGCACAGCUGCCACAGGGAGCACCCCGGCUGCCCCCGGGGCAGGUGGCGGGGCGGCCGGCAGCAGCCCCACCAUGACCUACGCCCAGCUGGAGAGCCUCAUCAACAAGUGGAGCCUGGAACUGGAGGACCAGGAGCGGCACUUCCUGCAGCAGGCUACCCAGGUCAACGCCUGGGACCGCACCCUGAUUGAGAACGGCGAGCGCAUCACCAGCCUGCACCGCCAGGUGGAGAAGGUGAAGCUGGACCAGAAGAGGUUGGACCAGGAGCUCGACUUCAUCCUGUCGCAGCAGAAGGAGCUGGAGGAGCUGCUGAGCCCCCUGGAGGAGGCCGUAAAGGAGCAGAGUGGCACCAUCUACCUGCAGCACGCCGACGAGGAGCGCGAGAAGACCUACAAGCUGGCCGAGAACAUCGACGCACAGCUCAAGCGCAUGGCCCAGGACCUCAAGGACAUCAUUGAGCACCUGAACACAGCCGGGGGCCCCGCCGACAGCAGCGACCCCCUGCAGCAGAUCUGCAAGAUUCUCAACGCCCACAUGGACUCCCUGCAGUGGAUCGACCAGAACUCGGCCCUGCUGCAGCGCAAGGUGGAGGAGGUGACCAAGGUGUGCGAGGGCCGGCGCAAGGAGCAGGAGCGCAGCUUACGCAUCACGUUUGACUGAGCGUGCGGGGCUGGUGGGUGGGGGCGCUGAGGGGCCGGGCCAGCCAUGUGCCUUCCAGUGAUUCUGUUGACAGUUGUUCUGCAUUGGCCUUGCCCCAGGAGCAGAUGUAUAGGGAGUGACCUCCUGUGAUUCAGGCAGCAGCCAAGGGGCAGCAGCUGUGUCUUGGGUGGGUGUGGCCCCUUUCCCUCACUGCAGCCCACCUCGUCCUCGGGCCGGCCAGGGACCAGGGUUGUGUUGCCAGCACCUCUGCCCAGUUGCAGUGCAAUGAGGAAACUGAGACGGGUGUCUGUGCCCAGAGCCCUGGCAGCCUGGUUACAACACUCAGACCGCGUGCACGUGCAGGCUCACCUGGUAGCAAGACGAGUGGAGCUGGCAGCACACAGCCUGUGCCCGGGGGGCACACCCAUGCUGGUCCAGCGUGAGCCCUCGUGGGCAGGGACUGACUGUUACCUCCCUUUGUCUCCAGCGCAGUCCCUAUCAGUGAAGACAGGAUGAAGGGGAGACCUGGCCUGACGCUGACCCACAGAGCACCUGCCAGUGACCCCCAAGCUUGCUUUUGCCAAAGUUAACUAAGGCUCGCUCCGUGAGGCCCUCACGUGCAGCAGGAGCCAGCUGCUCCUGUCCCGGAUGACUUCUGUUUGUACUUGGCUGCUUUCUCUGAAAUAUCCACGGCUGUAUAUUGCUUUCCUGAAUAAACGUGAAAUAAACACAA